AUGGGGGAACUUCCAUCCAUCAAGCUCAACAAUGUCGAAGUCUUCAGACAGAAUGCCCAUUUCAACUACAAUUCUCAACAACUUAGCCAGGACUACUACUCGACCCCAAACCACGAUCAGGGCCAGCUCCUAGCGUUCGAUGCGGCUACUAGCAGUGGGCUGGCUGGAUUCGAGUACAACGAUUCAUACGCUGUAAAUCCACAGGACUUUGUUCUCCCAUACAUGAACAACAACCACAACUCUUUCAGCAGUGGAGGAGGUAGCGGUUACGGUCAUGGUUCUGCUUCAGCAAUCGACUCAGGAUACAGUCAGCACAGCAGUGGAGGAGGUAGUGGUUACUGCCAAGGCACAGAAUACGACCCGAACUUGGGAACAUACCCGCCUGUGGAGGACACAUUGUCUCUGCUGCAACUGAAUUACAGCAGCCAAGCAUCCCCGAUGCAAGGUUCGGACUUGAGUCCUUUCUACCCACAGUCUGAGAGUUACGCUGGGGGCCAGGGUCAUUUAUUCGGGUCGAGUUCGGCCGUACCUGGGAAGAUGGGAGCUCCAGCUCAGUAUGUACCAUUGCCUUCGCAGUGGUUAAACACCUUCGGCACCGGGGAAGCGAACGGCCGAUCAGGUUCACGUUCGGUGGCUCCAGAUGUGGGCAGUGCCACUGGCUUCAUGGAAUCAACAACGACAACCGCACUCACUUCGCCUAGUCAAAGUAGUGCAACCUUUCAGCAGACGAGAGCGGCGGCGGCGAACUUCAGUACUCCCGGGUCGCCAUUGCCGUGGCUGAACCGCCAGUGGCUACCACGGUCUCUGCUGCUGGAUCGUGGGACCAUCACUGGGUCGAAACCGAUAAAGGCGGACGUUUGA